ACAUUGAAGGAGUAAGUAAGAAGAGGAGACCAAAGUGGGUCAGUUAGCCACGUUGUGUUGAGGCAAUUCCAUGUGCCCACAUGGAUCAUUGCUUUUGGUUUUGUAAGAGAAACUCAACAAAACUCUGUGUUUCUCUUCUUCUUCUUCUUCUUCUUCUUCUUCUUCAACUAAAAAGCAAAGUCUCUGGUUUUUUUUUUCAAUCACUUAUCAACCAAAACUCCCUCUUUCAUUCCCUUUUUUCCCACUGAUCAUUACGUGUUUGUGUUUUUGUCUCAAUGAGUAAUAUGAAGGAAAACAGUGAUGGGUUCGUUAGAGCAGAUCAAAUUGAUCUCAAAAGCUUAGAUGAACAGCUCGAGAAGCAUCUUAACAGGGUUUGGAGCAGCGAAAACAACACUAAGAAAGAUGACGGUGGUGGUGAUGGUGAUGGUGAUGGUGAUGAUCAUGGUGGUGAUCAGGAUGAUAAUAAUGAUGAGAAGCUCAAGCUUGCUGGUAAUAGCACUAACAUGGCUACAACUUUCACCAAAAGGGAAAGACUAGAAUGGGAGAUCGACCCUUCAAAACUCAUCAUCAAAACCGUCAUUGCUCGUGGUACUUUUGGCACGGUUCAUCGUGGCAUCUACGACGAUCUCGAUGUUGCUGUAAAGCUGCUUGAUUGGGGUGAGGAAGGUCACAGGACAGAUGCCGAGAUCGCCGCAUUAAGGGCAGCUUUUUCACAAGAAGUUGCUGUCUGGCAUAAACUUGACCAUCCCAAUGUUACUAAGUUUAUAGGGGCAACAAUGGGUUCAUCAGGGCUACAAAUACAAACAGAGAAUGGUCAAAUAGGCCUGCCAAAUAGUGUGUGUUGCGUUGUUGUGGAAUACCUUCCCGGCGGUGCUUUGAAAAGUUUUCUGAUAAAGAACAGGAGAAGGAAAUUAGCUUUCAAAGUGGUUGUUCAACUUGCCCUUGAUCUUGCAAGAGGGUUGAGUUACCUUCAUUCACAAAAGAUUGUUCAUAGAGAUGUAAAGACAGAGAACAUGUUGUUAGACAAGACACGUACCGUAAAAAUUGCUGAUUUCGGGGUUGCACGUGUUGAGGCUUCGAAUCCUAAUGACAUGACCGGAGAGACCGGAACCCUUGGUUACAUGGCUCCCGAGGUUCUCAAUGGCAAUCCUUAUAACCGGAAAUGCGAUGUGUACAGUUUCGGGAUCUGUUUGUGGGAGAUAUAUUGUUGUGACAUGCCAUAUCCUGACCUUAGUUUCUCUGAAGUGACCUCGGCUGUAGUUCGUCAAAAUUUGAGACCGGAAAUACCAAGAUGUUGCCCUAGUUCUCUUGCAAACGUAAUGAAACGAUGUUGGGAUGCAAACCCGGACAAGCGACCUGAAAUGGACGAGGUAGUUUCGAUGUUGGAAGCCAUAGACACAUCUAAAGGUGGAGGUAUGAUUCCUGUUGAUCAACAGCAGAGCUGUCUUUGCUUCAGAAGGUAUAGAGGGCCUUAAAAAGAAGUAUUUCCCAAAUGCAUAUAAAAAAGAAAAGACGGUUGCUUAAAGGUUAGACAAGUCUAAUUUGUAUUAUAAUGAAAACAAAACAUGACAAUUCAAUCCAAGCUUGUUUAAUGAUUGUAAAGCUUUUUACUUUGUUUAUUUUAAUGGAAUCUUAUAUAUACCUUUUUUUAA